AUGCAACCUGACAAGAGUUUUUAUUUAACUGCUUUGCUUCUAACUAUAUUUGCAUUAUCAACUUGGCUUGAUGUUAAUGGUGUUUGGGUUGAACUUCCAUUAAUAGUUAAUCAAGCACCUGAAGGUUGGGCAUUACCAUCUUAUUUAACACUUGCUAUUGCAAUUAGCAAUAUUGGACCAUUAAUAAUAAUAUUAUUAAAAAUUUGUUUUAAAGAACAUCUUAAUGAACGAAUAUUUAUUUAUAUUGAAAUUAUUGUUGGAAUAAUAUCUUGUGCUUUAAUGGCUGAAUAUUGGAAUAAAACACAUUAUUUUGCUGGUCGACAACGUUCAGUUAUAUUUAUUAUAUUAGUCUUUUUACUUGGUACUUUAGAUACAACAUCAACAGUUACAUAUGCUGAUUAUAUGAAACGAUAUAAUUCAAAAUUACUUAAUGCACUUUAUUUUGGUGAAAGUCUUACAUCUUUACUUCCAUCACUUUUAGCAUCUAUACAAGGUGUUGGAGGUGAACCAAUAUGUCGAGAAAAUUCAACAUAUCCAGAAUAUUCUUCACCACGUUUUUCGGUUCAAGUUUACUUUUGGACAUUUGUUGGUAUUAUAUUUCUUUCUUUUUUUGCAUUUCUUAUACUUGAAUUUUCAACUAUAACACAAUCUCAUCGAAUAACAUUAUUUUAUAAUCCAUCAAGAUUAACAAGUACUUAUGAGCUUUCAGUGCAAUUAGAACCAAAAUCGAUUACUUUAACUGAAUCUUAUUCAAUGACAAAAAAGAGUUAUUAUAUUCUACUUAUUAUUGGAUUUUUAUCAAGUAUUAUAUUAUUUGGUAUUCUACCAUCAAUUGGUACAUAUGCCGUAUUACCUUAUUCACAACGUGCUUAUUAUAUUUCAAGUAUUAUUUUACCUAUUUCAAAUCCACUUUCAGUAUUAAUAGGACUUUUUAUACGAAGUAUAUUAAAAUAUAUUUUAAUAUUUAUUUUAUUUAUAUUAGCUACAUGUGUAUCAUUAUAUGUAAUUAUUGUUGCUUUUUUAAGUCCAUGUCCACCAUUACAUGAUACUACAGAAGGAGCUAUAUUAGUAAUUGGUUGUUAUUUUCUAGCUUAUUUAAUUUUUUAUUAUAUAAGAUUAGUGAUUGGAAAUCGUGUUCGUCAAGAAUAUCAACGUCAUAGUGGAUUAUUUUGGCUUGGAGCUGCAAGUCAGAUGGGUAGUCUUGUGGGAGCAAUACCAAUGUAUUUACUUGUUAAUACAUUUAAUGUAUUCAAAAGUCGUAACGCUUGUCAAGUUUAUUGCAUUGAUUAA